CUGUUGGUAUUAUAAAGGGAAAGUGGGGCCUUCAGUUCUCCUAAAUCUCAAACUCUGUUCUCUCCCAGCUAUUCAUCAAUGGCGGAAUCAACUAAGAGGUAUGCAGUUGUGACAGGAUCAAACAAAGGAAUCGGAUUCGAAACUGUAAGGCAGUUGGCCUCAAAGGGAAUCACUGUGGUGUUAACUGCUAGAGACGAGAAGAGGGGCCUUGAAGCUGUUGAGAAACUGAAAGAAUCUGGCCUCUCAGGCCAAGUAGUUUUUCACCAACUUGAUGUGGCUGACCCUGCUAGUAUUGCUUCUCUGGCACAAUUCAUCAAAACACAGUAUGGAAGACUCGAUAUUUUGGUGAACAAUGCUGCGAUUUUUGGAGCUAUAAUUGAUAAUACUGAUGGUUUUAAAGCUGCAAUUGAAUCUGGUGCUGGACCAGGACAGAUUGAUUAUACAAAGUUGCUGACUGAAACUUAUGAGUUAACAGAAGAAUGCUUGCAAAUCAAUUAUUAUGGUGCUAAAAGAACAGCUGAAGCACUAAUUCCACUCCUCCAGCUAUCUGAUUCACCAAGGAUUGUUAAUGUUUCAUCCUCCGCGGGGAAGUUAAAGAACAUACCAAGUGAUCGAGUGAAAGGAGUUCUUAGUACUGAUGUCGAGAACCUGAGCGAAGAGAGUGUAGAUGAAAUAUUAACAGAGUUUCUAAACGACCUCAAGGAGAGUUUACUUGAAAGCAAGGGUUGGCCUUCUGCGAUGUCAGGCUAUAUACUCUCAAAAGCAGCAAUGAAUGCAUAUACAAGGAUUCUAGCCAAGAAGUACCCUGGUUUUCGCGUCAACUUUGUCUGCCCUGGCUAUGCCAAAACAGAUAUAAACUUAAAUACCGGUGGCUUGCCUGUUGAAGAAGGUGCUGCAAGUGUCGUGAAUUUAGCAUUGCUGCCUAAUGAUGGCCCCACAGGCCAAUUCUUUUUUCGGUCUGAAGUACAAAGUCUUUAAACGAAGAUUGAUUUAUGCAAAUAUAUGUCAGUUGUAGCUGAUUAAAUUUGGAACCGCUGUUUCUUAAUAAAAUUCAGUGAAUCCGUUAUGUAAUAUGUUUCAUGAUA